UCUUCUUGUAUUUUGAUUGUGACAAAUAUAAAUCAUCGGUCUUAUUGUUUCGUCCGACCCUGUAGCUGUCUUUGACAACUACAACAACAACACGGCAAGCUGUGAUGUAAAAAUGUCAAAAUAAAACCCUCGCUAGAAUACCGGUGUGUUGCGAAGGGCAUAAUCUACCGAAACAAAAUGUUUCUAUCGUUUUUGGUUUAGAGAAACUUAACAAAAACCUCUAAAUAUUGCUAAGGAAACGCUGUACGAGAGUAGAAGGGGCAUCAUAACUCAACUGAGCUGGCCAGAGCGGCUGCCAGAUUUCUUCUUCAGGCGCGACAAUUAGAGUGGUGGUUUCGUAACUAUUUGUUAUCACAGAAAUCCGAACCAACACUCGUAACUGUGUUGUGCAGCGCAAAGCCAGUUCAAUAAACAAACGCAGUAGGCCGGUUCCUGCCGAUUGGAAAUCAUGAGUGGAUAUUUGUUUCGAAACUACGGCAGUCGCUACAUUUCUAUACUCAGCCGAGUGUGGUCGGGAAACUCACAAAUGAUGAAAAACUCAGAGGCAAAUUUAAGAAAAGCUCUCGAGGCCAAAUUCCCCCAGGCAAAGAACAUCGUUGUUAGCGACAUCUCUGGCGGUUGUGGCUCGAUGUAUGAAAUAUUUGUCGAAAGCAAAGAAUUCAAAGGACUGUCCACUGUCAAGCAACACCGAUUAAUAACGGAAACGCUCAAAUCGGAAAUUAAAGAUAUGCACGGCCUCCGGAUACACACAUCCAUUACAGAUUAAUUGCUAUGUCGUACGCCCCAAUACGCAGAACAAAAUUAUAUGAGCAUUAGUUUACUGCUGAUCAGGCUAUGAAUAAAGCUAGUUCGUAAGAAGUAACCGCGCCAAUUCUGAAUUGCAUUGAACAAUAAAUAAAAUGAUCAUAGACACAUA